GGCGGUCGCGCUCUGCCAGCCGGGGCCCUGCGGGGUGCGGUGCUGCGGGAGGGCCCGGCCCGCGCGGUGAGCAGCGAGCGGGCUCUGGGGAGCGCCCGCGGAGCCGCUCCGCCACCUCCAGCGGCCCAGGGCCGUGCGGGCCCGCCCCUGGUGCCCUCGGCCCGACAAGGCGCCCGGGCCGGGAAACUUCGCCCGAGUUGAGGGGCGAGAGCGGCUUCCGCUCGCUCCGCUGCUGGCCCGGGAAGACUCCUUUAGGAUCUGAUUUUCCCCCCCUUUGUUAAAGAAAAAUGCCUUCCUUGAGCGGAAAAGUGCAGACUGUGUUGGGCCCUGUGGAGCCAGACUGUCUUGGUUGCACGUUGACUCAUGAACACUUGACUAUGAACUACAGCAGCUGCUUUUGUCCACCUUCUCCAGGCCAAGAGCUGUUGUCUAAUGGGCCCAUUGAGAUGAAGAACUUGUUUUGGAUUAAGCAAAAUCCCUACAGCCACAAAGAAAACCUUCUUUUGUAUCAGGAAACAGACGCUGUGAGGGAGGAGCUGCUGCAUUUUAAAGCAGCAGGUGGUGGGAUGAUUGUGGAAAACACAACUACAGGAAUUGGUCGGGAUGUGAAUACUUUGAAGAAACUUGCUGAAGAAACUGGAGUUCAUAUUAUUGCUGGUGCUGGGUUUUAUGUGGAUUCCACUCAUUCUGCUCAAACACAAGCCAUGACAGUGGAGCAGCUGACAGAGAUUAUUGUUGAUGAGGUACUCAAAGGAGCAGAUGGGACCAAUAUCAAAUGUGGUGUGGUGGGAGAAAUAGGAUGCUCCUGGCCUUUGACUCCAAGUGAACACAGAGUGCUUCAGGCAACAGCACAGGCUCAGUCCCAGCUUGGGUGCCCUGUUAUCAUCCAUCCCGGCAGGAACAGUGACUCCCCUUUCCAGAUUAUCCGCAUUCUGCAGGAAGCUGGGGCUGAUGCUUCAAAGACAGUCAUGUCUCACCUCGACAGGACCAUAUUUGAUAAAAAGAAACUUCUUGAAUUUGCUAAACUUGGAUGUUACUUAGAGUAUGACCUGUUUGGUACAGAAUUCCUUCAUUACCAGUUCCAUCCGGAUAUUGACAUGCCAAACGACAACGAAAGAAUUGCAAGGAUUCGUAUGCUGAUUGAUGAAGGCUAUGAAGACAGACUUCUGAUGGCUCAUGAUGUGCACACCAAGAACAGGUUGAUGAAAUAUGGAGGUCAUGGAUAUUCACAUAUCUUGAAAAAUAUAGUUCCUAAAAUGCUAAUUAGAGGCAUAUCCCAAGAUAAAAUUGAUAAAAUACUCCUAGCAAAUCCAAAGCGGUGGUUGACUUUUAAGUAGGAAUAAUGAAUAAAUAUGCCUGAUUUAUAAGGCAGCUUGAUAAAAUUCAGAUUUCAGUAGAGCAUCAUUAAAAAAAAUCAGAAAAAUUGAAAAUUAUUAAGUAGAUGCAAGCAAACUAAUUAUAACUUUUCUUUUUAAUUAGAACAUCAAAAUUGUGUACUGUCUCUACAUUUUCUCCCUUCUGAAAGUUUACUCAUGAAUGAUUUACUCAAUAUGAGCCUACCUACAGAAUCUUUUCAACUGAAAUUUUAAAAUAAUUGUUGCAAAAGCAUAAUACAAUACUGUUACUGAAAUUACCUCCAAACUACUUCCGAAGAUGUGUCACCUGGACUUGGAAAGAAAUUGUGAUUUUCAGUUAAACUUCCUGUCUCUAGGGGUUGAUUUUAAUCCUUGUAAUACUGUCAAUCUUCUCAUUAUCUUCACAUUAUUUAAGUAAUUCUUGAUGAAAGAUCUGGAACUUUUAAUUAGCUUCCAUAGACAAGAGAAAACAAGAGGAAUCUGAAAUAAAUCUAAAAAGAUAAUGUUUCUUUCUAGUUUAACAAUUUACUUAAUUGUAACUGAAAAUGUAAAAAAUACAUGGAAAAAUAUAUUUUUGAAUAAAGCAUUUUGAUCACUUAAA